AGGGGCCGCGGCGCGCCUGGUCGGGCGGUGCCCGCGGGUCCCGCGGCCGCAUGAGCCGCGCGCGGGGGGCGCUGUGCCGGGCCUGCCUCGCGCUGGCCGCGGCCCUGGCCGCACUGCUGCUGCUGCCACUGCCGCUACCCCGCGCGCCCGCGCCGGCCCCGACCCGGGCCCCGGCCCCCGGCCCCGGCCCCGGCCCCGGCCCCGGCCCACGCGCUCCCCCUGCCCGGCCCGCCACCGCCCCCCGCCUGCGGCCCGACGACGUCUUCAUCGCGGUCAAGACCACCCGGAAGAACCACGGGCCGCGCCUGGGGCUGCUGCUGCGCACCUGGAUCUCCCGGGCCCGACGGCAGACGUUCAUCUUUACCGACGGGGAUGACCCUGAGCUACAGCUCCAGGAAGGCAGCCACGUCGUCAACACCAACUGCUCAGCCGUGCACACACGCCAGGCUCUGUGCUGCAAGAUGUCAGUGGAAUACGACAAGUUCAUUGAGUCUGGACGCAACCAGGACGUCUACCUGGGGCGGCCCAGCCUGGACCACCCCAUCGAGGCUACCGAGAGGGUCCAAGGAGGUGGAACCGUGACCACGGUCAAGUUCUGGUUUGCUACCGGAGGGGCCGGGUUCUGCUUGAGCAGAGGCCUUGCGCUCAAGAUGAGCCCAUGGGCCAGCCUGGGCAGUUUCAUGAGCACAGCCGAGCGGGUGCGGCUGCCAGACGACUGCACGGUGGGCUACAUUGUGGAGGGGCUGCUGGGCGCCCGCCUGCUGCACAGCUCGCUGUUCCACUCCCACCUGGAGAGCCUGCAGAGGCUGCCGCCCGACACCCUGCUCCAGCAGGUCACCUUGAGCUACGGGGGUCCUGAGAACCCACAUAAUGUGGUGAACGUGGCCGGAGGCUUCAGCCUGCAGCAGGACCCCACGCGCCUGACUCCCACUUCCCUCCCAGGUUUAAGUCCGUCCACUGCCUUCUUUACCCGGACACGGACUGGUGUCCCGUGCAGAAGCAGAGUGACCUCGCCUCUCGAUGAACCUCGACGUCCGACCCAAAUAUGCCUCUGGCUCUGCCCCAGGUGCAAGUGGGCGCCGCCUGCCUGAGGGAGCAGGAACAGUGCUUUCCCCUCCUGGGCUCCAGGCGGCCACGGCCACGGCCUCAUCCAGGGAGAUAAGGGCCACCAGCAAAUGCUCCAACUG